CACACACCGAGCACACACAGACACACACGCACACACACACACACCGUCUCUAUCCUCCGCAGUCUCCUUCUCAUCCUGCCCCGUCUGGCUGAAAGGGAGAUCACCGAGCAGGCAGCAACUAACUUACAACCGCUGACAGCACCGGCUGAUUUCUCACCUAUAAGGGAGCAACAACAGCAUGUGAAUGGCGGCAGAAAGCGGCAGAGUUGUCACAGAGGAGCAGCAGGAGGAGCUCCCAGCAGCCUCUGGAGCCGUCACUCACGUGAACCACCAGCACCACACACACACCCGGAGUCAGAGCCACAUCCAGUUUCACCCUCUGACACACACCACCCAGUGGCAGCCGGCGGCUCCUCGCGCUCUCGCUCACACCAGGAGUCACAGUCACACUCACUUCAACACUCCCUCACACACACAGCCGCAGAAGUACGGCUGCCGGCUCACACAUAGCCUCUCGGCCAUGGCCAAGGGAGAGAAGGGCUCUGCGGGGAAGCUCAUCAAACCCAGUGAACCACUGUUCCCCAAAACCCCUCAGCAGACUGUGUUGGGCCAGCAGUUGACAUUAAGCAGUAAGCUGUGCUUCGCCAUUGGCGGUGCACCCAAGGAAGUGGCGGCCAGCGCUACUGCCUUUUUCCUGCAAAUCUACCUACUGGAUGUCGCUCAGAUCAACGCCUUCCAGGCCUCCAUGGUGCUGUUCAUCGGUAAAGCCUGGGGUGCAGUGACCGACCCAAUUGUGGGAUUCUUAAUCACAAAGAGCAGAUGGACAAAGAUUGGAAGACUCAUGCCCUGGAUGGUGGGAUGCUCUCCCUUCCUGGUCGUCUCCUACUUCUACCUCUGGUUCGUUCCUCCUUUCAUCACUGGCAGGUUCCUCUGGUACCUCUGCUUCUACUGCCUCUACCAAACCCUCAUCACUUGCUUCCACGUGCCUUAUUCUGCUCUAACCAUGUUCCUGAGCACAGACCAGAAGGAAAGAGACUCAGCCACUGCUUAUCGAAUGACAUUUGAGGUGCUGGGGACUCUCGUGGGCGCUGCCAUUCAGGGCCAGAUUGUAGCAAGCGCUCACACUCUGAAGCACUGCCCGCCUUACAACAUGACUACCGGUUACCUUGGCAACAGCAGCGGGACAGAGAUCGUGAAGAAACAUGUGCGCUCCCAGGACUACCUGUCACACUCGAAGGAGGUAUACAUGAUAGCUGCUGGAGUUAUAGGAGGAGUGUUCCUGGUCUGCACCCUGGUCAUGUUCCUGGGAGUCAAAGAGAGAGAAGAUCCGUACGCCCCGAGGACAGAGAAGCAGGUCCCCUUCCAUGAGGGCUUCAUCCUGGUGAUGAGACACGGGCCAUACCUCACUCUGACCGCUGCCUUCCUCUUCAUCACUGUCGCCAUUCAGCUGGUACAGAGCAACUUCGUGCUCUUCUGCACUUACGCCGCCGACCUGAGGGAUCACUUCCAGAAUAUUGUGCUGACCAUCCUGGUUUCUGCAGUGAUAAGCGUCCCAAUGUGGCAAUGGUUUCUGGAGAGGUUUGGGAAAAAGACGGCAGCUUUCUGCGGCAUCACUUGGAUCAUGCCCUUCACCAUGAUGCUGGUCUUCAUCCCUAACGUUGUGGUGGCCUACGUCGUGGCCGUCUCCUCUGGACUCAGUGUGGCAGCCUCGCUCCUGCUGCCAUGGUCUAUGCUGCCAGACGUGGUGGAUGACUUCAGACUGGCCAACCCCUACUGUAAAGGCCAUGAAGCCAUCUUCUACUCCUUCUACGUAUUCUUCACCAAGUUCGCUGCUGGAAUCUCCCUGGGAGUGUCCACCCUCUGUCUGGAAUUUGCAGGGUAUGACACCGGUGCUUGCAAGCAGCCUGCUCCUGUAGUGUACACCCUGAAGCUGCUAAUCGGUGCCGCCCCUGUGGCCUUCAUCGUGACGGGGUUAUUGAUCCUGCUGCUGUAUCCCAUCAGCGAAGACGUGCGGCUCAGGAACAGACUCUGCCUGGAUGAGCUACGGAAACAAAGCAUCAGCUCCAGAACAAUGGAGGAUUUGAGUAACGUGUGACCUGGAUCCUGAAUGAAGUGAAUUCACAAAGCCACGUUUUCCAGUGCUGCCGCUGGAAAGUUGUCCUUAGUGUAUAUUACACUGAUAAUUAGUUAAAUUGUUUGAAUGUAAACAUUUGUUUCCUUUUCACAUGUACUGUACAGUCAUCUUGAAUAUAUAAAAUAUAUAUAAUAAGAUUACCUAAUUUAUAUAAAUGAAUGUAUAUCAUUUCUUGCUGUGUUUAGCUCUAUUUAUUUAUGAUAUUAUGAUUAUUGAGGACUGAUGAUAUGAAAUGAAUAAAUGUUGUAGAGGUUGGUUGGUAGACCGAAUAA